UUCUUCUCUUUUUUUUUUUUUUCCCCUUGCAAGGGCUGAGCGAGACCCAGCCUAGCGAUAAAAGGCCGGGGCGGCUGGAAGCCUGCUCAGAGCGCGCCGGGAGGAAAUGCCGAGGGCGCAGCGCCGGGGCUGGGCGCACAGCACCCACUGACUCCUCGCACCCGCAGCACCCCUGGGUGCCGGGGGGGGGCCGUGCCGUGCCCGUGCCAUGCGGGCGCUCGGCCUCGUCCUGGUGGCGCUGGCGGCGCUGUGCGCGGCUGCAGCCCAGCGGCGGGCGCUGGAUGGGGGCGGCCGGCGGCGCUUCCACCGCGUGCAGCACGGGCACUGCAGCUACACCUUCGUGCUGCCCGAGGCCGACCCGGUGCCCUGCCCGUCCAACGCCGCCCCCAGCCCCUCCAACGCACUGCUGCAGCGGGACUCGCCGGCCGGCACCGCGCAGGCCGCCCGCGGGGCUGCCCAGCGCCUGCAGCACCUCGAGAGGAUCCUGGAGAACAGCACCCAGUGGCUGCUGAAGCUGGAGAGCUACAUCCAGAGCAGCAUGAAGCCGGAGAUGGCGCAGCUGCAGCAGACGGCGGUGCAGAACCAGACAGCCACCAUGCUGGAGAUCGGCAGCUCCCUCCUCAACCAGAGCGCCGAGCAGACCCGCAAGCUCACCGACGUGGAAGCCCAGGUGCUGAACCAGACGUCACGCAUCGAGAUGCAGCUGCUGGAGAACUCCCUGUCCACCAACAAGCUGGAGAAGCAGCUGCUGGUGCAGACGAACGAGAUCCACAAGCUGCAGAGCAGGAACAACAUCCUGGAGGUGCGGGUGCUGGAGAUGGAGGCGAAGCACCAGGCGGAGCUGGCGGGGCUCCGCUCGGAGAAGGAGAGGCUGCAGCGCCUGGUGAGCCGGCAGAGCGGCACCAUCGAGGACCUGGAGAAGUCGCUGCUGGCGGCCAGCGCCAACUCCAGCCUGCUCCAGCGGCAGCAGCAGCAGCUCCUCGAGGCGGUGCAGGGCCUCGUGCGCCUCGUCUCGCAGGGCAGAGCCCUGCUGCCCAGGGAGGAGCAGCUCUUCCAGGACUGCGCCGAGCUGCGCCGGGCCGGCUUCCACACCAGUGGGGUCUACACCCUGCACAUCGCCAACCUCAGCGAGCCCAAAAAGGCGUUCUGCGACAUGGAGACGGACGGCGGGGGCUGGACGGUCAUCCAGCUCCGCGCCAACGGCAGCCUCAGCUUCCAGAGGAGCUGGAGGGAGUACAAGCAGGGCUUUGGGGACGUGGCGGGCGAGCACUGGCUGGGCAACGAAGCCGUGCACCUGCUGACGAGCCGGGCGCCCUACGCCCUGCGCGUGGAGCUGCGGGACUGGGAGGGCAGCCAGGUCUAUGCCCACUACGGGAAGUUCCAGCUGGGCAGCGAGCGGCAGCUCUACAGGCUCUCGCUGCAGGACUACAGCGGCACGGCAGGGCAGCAGAGCGGCUUGGCCCUGCAGGGCACCAACUUCAGCACCCGCGACGCCGACAACGACAACUGCCUCUGCAAGUGCGCCCAGAUGUUGUCGGGAGGCUGGUGGUUCGACGCCUGCGGCCUCUCCAACCUGAACGGCAUCUACUACCCGGCCCGGCACAACAUCCGCAAGCUCAACGGCAUCCGCUGGCACUACUUCCAGGGGCCCAGCUACUCGCUGAAGGGCACCCGCAUGCUGAUACGGCCCGCGGGCUUCUAGCGCGCUGGCGGACCCCGUGCCGGCCCCGACGGAACUGAGCCGCCCGGCUGCGGGAGCUGCAGGGAAGCUUUUCCCCCAGUUAUUAUUUCUCACUCUUGUUUCUCUCGUCCCCUGGGAGCCCGUGCGGAGCGGCAGCGGUGCCGGGAGGGAGCCGCUCGCCGUGCUGAGGAGCUCGGGGUUGCAGGACCCAUGGGGGGGCUCUGUUCAGUCUGAGCGUACAUAACCCAUCCCUCCCCAGCUCGGAUCCUCACCACCCACCCGUGUCAGUGGGGUUUCCGGCUGCCCACACCACAUCGUGAAGGGACGGGUGUCUGGGAGCCCCGGCACCUCCUGCGUGCUCAGCCCGGAGGGGCGGACAGCCUGGGCUCUGCCUUUUCUCUCCGUUUUAGGGCAUUGCGUUUUGCUUUUUUGCCACCGUUCUGCUUUCCGCAGGGGUUCAGCAGAGCUCGCGUGCGAGCACCCUGGGAGCUCAAGGCACUGGUGGCAUCUCUCCUCCCUGCAGGGCAUGCGGCUGUCCCCUCCCGCGUGCGCCGUCCCCGUGCGAGGGGACAGCCAGCCGUGCACGCUGGGCGCUGCUCCUCGCAGGAUGGGGCCGGCGGGAAGGGACGGGGGCGUUCCUUGAGGCACAGGGGACCCGGCCCCGGUGCGAUGGGUGACGGCCCCGGGGCUGGAAGGUGCUGGCAGGGGGGGCAGCAGCCAGGGAGGGGUGGGAUGGGGCUGGGGGUGGCACCUGGGGAGAGGGGCUGCGGGGCGGGAGGAGCUGGGGGCAGGGGGCAGUGGAAGGGGGCUGGAGGCUGGGGGUGGCUCGGAGCUGGGGGAUGGAGGGAGGGGAACGGGGGUGCUGGCAGGGCAGAGCCCGCCCGUGCUGCUGGCUCCAGCCCCCGCAGUUGUGUGUACGUGGCAAACCCAAACUUGGAGACCAGUUUGGUGACAGCCUGGAAAGUGCGGGGCGAAACACAGCCGGGUUUCCAUCUGCUGAGAAGAGCCCCCGCGCCCGCCUGUGCCCUGGAGCUUGGCACGGAGACGCUUUUAUUUUUGUACUAAGAGAUAUUUAUUGUCCAAGAGCUGCGCCGGGCAGCACCCGCCCCCGCCCCCAGCGCCGUCCCUGCCCAGGAGCGAGGUGUCCCUGGACCCAUGGCGUGGGGGGGGGGGGUCCGUGCUGCCCCUGUUUCAGCAAUUUGGGCAGGAGCAAGAAGUUGGUGAUCUCUACUUGCAGGAAGGUGGUGGGAGAGGGCAGGGCUGCGGCACCCUGUGCGUCCCACCCAGGGGUCUCAUGGCCAUCCCAUGCAGGGCUGGGACCCCCAGGCACAGCUCCCACCUUCACCGAGGGCUCCGGCAGUGGUGGGGACGGGGGCUGUGGCCGCGGGGUCACUGCUGGGGACAGCGCGGUGCUGCCUCGGCCCCUUGUACACAGCACGUACGGACUCCACGUAAAGGGACCUUUCA